GUUUUACUCAAAGUCACCGUCGUGUUGUCUUUCUAUUCAAUCCUACUUUUCCAAAAACGCCUUCUGUUGUGCAAUCUUUUGCUUCGAACUACGAUUUCUUCCUCUUUUUAGCUGCAUGAGUUAUCCACCCCAGCCCUAUACCAGCGGCUAUGGACCGUCCAUGCCCUACCCAUCCCAUUACAGUCCACCUCAAGGACCACCGCCAUCCAAUUAUGGAUACAAACCAAUAGACCAGACUGGAGGCGGCGAGUAUGGCCAGCGCUUCGAACCGAAGAAGAGGGUAAACGAUAUUUUCUUUUUGAUCCUCUUUAUCCUUCAGCUUCUUGGGUUCGCAGCUAUAUCCGGAAUUGCCAUCCAAGCAUGGGUGAGAAAUGGGGGUCUCCGCGGAGGAUUGGGAAAUGGAACACAAGGCGGCACGGGGACAAGCGUAACGUUGGACAAGCAUACAGCAUAUCUCCUGCUUCUUGUCACGGCCGCAGCUGUCUUCCUGUCUACAUUGUAUCUCAUUCUAACGCGCGCCUUCACCUCCAUUAUCAUGCAUAUCACUCUUGUUCUGUCCAUUAUCCUCAACAUCGGAGUAUGCGUCUACUACUGGGUGAUUCGAUAUUACUCAGGUGCUAUUGUCUUCACGAUAAUCGCUCUUCUCUCAGUUUUCUCAUAUUUCGGAUUCCGUUCUCGUAUUCCCCUUGCAUCGCUUCUCUUUCGAGUUGUCAUGGACAUAUCCAAACACCAUAAAUCUGUUUUUGUGGUCGCCAUGAUCUCGUUGCUUGUUCAAGCUGCGUUGAGCAUCUGGUAUACUUUUACGGUCACGGCCACCUAUACCCGUUGGACACCUCAGAGUCCUGCCUGCACCUCAUCUUGUAGCUCAGGAACAGUGGCAGGCCUGGUUUUCUUCGAGACGUUCAGUUUCCUCUGGACAUCUAUGGUAGUCGGCAAUGUGGCGAUUGCUACUCUCGCUGGUGGGGUUUAUGGCUCAUGGUAUUAUUUCGGUCCUAGAGAAUAUGGUCAGAUGCCGAAGCAUCCUAAUCUGGCUUCUUUUGGGCGCGCUUCUACCCUUUCUUUGGGGUCCAUUGCAUUUGGGUCCUUGAUCGUCACCCUUCUAGAGUUAAUCAAGAUGUUGCUCCAAAUGGCACGGAACAAUGCGAAUGCCGACGGACAACCGAUUGAGGCUGCUUUGGCAUGUUGUGCCGAGUGCUUCAUCGGUAUAAUCGAGGGUGCGGUGCAGUACUUUAACCGGUAUGCGUAUAUCGAGAUCGCGCUAUAUGGUAAACCGUACUUGGCAGCUGCGAAAGACACGUGGCGUCUGUUAGUGGACAGAGGUAUCGAUGCGCUCGUCAACGACUCUUUGGUCGGAAUGACAUUGACCUGGGGAGCGUAUGCAAUUGGUCUGCUAUCCGCUUUGUUUGGUUACUUGUAUCUUCGAUACACAAAUCCAACGUACAACGCUGACGGGCAGUACUCGCCUGUGGUCAUUCUUUUCAGUUUCCUCAUUGGGGUUACAUGUGCCAUGACUCUCAAUUCCGCAAUUGAAGCGGGUGUGUCCACAAUAUUCGUCGGGCUGGGCGAGGACCCGCAGAUUCUGGCUACUCGAGCCCCUCCAUUAUUUGAGAUGAUCCGGGAAACUUAUCCACAGGUUGUGCAAGGGAUCCCUCGUGUAUGACGGUCGAGCUGCUUUGCAAACGCGCGGUUGAUCGCUUAUGACGCUCUAAAUGACCCUCGAUAGCCAGAAUAGAUUGUCUAGAAUAUGGACUAUCCUGUAUGCUGUUCCAAAAGUCAUGAUAGUGAGGGACUGUCGCCCAACAACCAUCCUUUAGCCGCCGCGCAAAGCGUCAUUCCGACUCGGCGGUUUGUGUUUGCCACACAAUUGAAAUAUGUUUCUUUGCCGUGUAAUCUAUCUAGUUACAUUUCUCUCGGGGCUUUUAAUACAUAUUGAAGCAGUUUCUUCAUAGCGAACGAAGUUGACCGAGAAAUGCCAUCACGAAGGAACUUGGCUAGAAACGCUGGGCACUUCGUCAGGAAUGGGUUCAUACGGCCUACGACCAGCUGCCCAUUUGUGUCCCGCGCGGGCGGCAAACCCAGUGUAAGCCAAUCCCGCUGUGAGUAGCAAGGAAAUGGUGAUUGAGGUCACACAUAGCCAGAACGAGACAUAGAGCUUCGUGUCAGGAUCAGGGAACCGACGUUGUUCGGUUAUGAACAAACGCAGCACAAUAGCCAUUGUAACAAUUUGUAGUGAUGCGUGCACAAAUGUCGCUGUCGUGACCCAUUUCCAAGCGCCCCGUCUCCUUGAUCUCGUGCUCAGGUGGGAGCUCACGAUUAUGAGGACAACAAGCCCUGCGAGGGCAAACACCAAGCUGAAGAUGCUGACAUAACCAGCAGUGGUCCACAGUACACAGAAUGUCUCUCCCAACACUUCACAGGCCGAGCGAACGGGAAAGGGCUUGCAUGUAUACUGAAUGCGCUUGCCAAUAUACGUAUCAGAGCCUCCUACGAUCUCCGUUGGUGCCGCGGUCGGGCUUGGCGCGUGGCUCGGAGGUGCUGGAUGUGGGGCCGGUCCCGGGAAAGGUGUUGGAUUCUCUGGGUUCGGCUUUGAUGGAAUGUUGCUGAUAGUGGAUUCACAUCGUUGAUAUAGGCCAUAGCGAACGUGUGACCCUGGGGGAAGAUUGGAAGGGUUGUCUGCGGCAAGCCAAUCCGGAAGGACAAUGGAAAGGGCGCUAAAUACUAAAACGACGAGCAAGACGCCCGUGGCCACCAAAUACGGUGUCUUUCG